AUGCGACCAUAUCGAGACCUGUCACUUAUCCAAGAUAACGUAUUUGCGUGGGCUGACUGGGUAGAGCCUGGGACUCUAAAACCACACCAAGUCGCCUUCGAGUACGACUCGUCUCGGUCUACGUCCAAAAGGGAGGAAUAUGGAGACCGCUUCUGGCUUCGUAUAAUCGGAUCAACUGCCAUUAGAUUUGCUUUACAUGUUGAAGCAAGUGAAAGGUUAUCGAUAGUCGACUACAGUUUGGUCCGUCGAUCUGCUGGUACAUGUGGACUCGAUGGUCGUGCCCAAGAGUCUUUGGUAUCCUUCUAUGCCGGAGGAUACAAGCUCGUUCAAGUUGACAUGCGAUGCAACGACAGCAUGGAACUGGAGUUGGACACUUGA